AUGUUGAAACACCUCGCUCUCGGCCUCCUGGGCCUGCAAUCCGUCGCGGCGAUGCGCUUCGCCAUGUACAUCGACGAAUACCACACCAACGGCCUCCCUAGCACCGACCAGACGGAAGGCAUCUCGCACGCCAUCAUGGCGUUCGCGCCGUCGACGCUGUUCAACUCGGACUCGCCGGCGCAGUUCACCCCCUUCGAGCCCGUGUCCACGAUGCGCAGCCGCUUCGGCCCCAACACCAAGGUGAUGAUCGCCAUCGGCGGCUGGGGCGACAGCUCGGGGUUCUCGCAGGCUGCGACGGAUGAGACCUCGCGGAACCGGUACGCGAAGAACGUGGCCGCCAUGCUGGAUAGUCAUGGGUUUGAUGGAGUUGACAUCGACUGGGAAUACCCCGGCGGCAACGGGCAAGACUACAAACAAACGCCCAACAGCGCGAAAGUGAGCGAAAUAACGACCUACCCGCUCUUCCUCUCCGCCAUGCGGUCCGCCAUCGGCCCCAACAAGACGCUCUCGAUCGCCGUCCCGGGCAAACUGGGCGACAUGAUCGCGUUCACGCCCGAAACCGGUCCUCAGAUCUGGCCCUCGGUCGACAUGGUCAACGUGAUGACGUACGAUCUCAUGAACCGUCGCAACAACGUCACCAUGCACCACACGUCGGUCAAGGACUCGCUACGUACGAUCCAGGCGUAUGCGGACAUUGGGCUAGAGGGGGAGAAGACGAACCUGGGCAUGGCGUACUACGCGAAGUGGUUUGAGACGGAGCCCGGGGCGGGCUGUGACGAGCAGCCGCUGGGGUGUAAGACGGUCGUCAUGGAGAAUGAUGAUGGGAGUGAUAAUGGGAAGUCUGGCGCCUUGACCUUCGAGAAGAGUACCAUGGGGGCCGCGCCGAAGGAUUUGAAAAUCAGUUAUGAUGGUACCUGUGGUGCCGAUAAGGGGAAGUGUCCCGAUGGACAGUGUUGUAGUCAGUAUGGGAACUGCGGCACAACCUCCGACUUCUGCCAAGCAGGCUGUCUCUCCGACUAUGGCACCUGCAAGGGCAUCUCCCUGACAGACUCCUGGCGCGCUGCCCUCUCCUCCGGCAAGACCGACACCGACCUCGGCGGCCAGUACUACUUCGACUCGCCCAACAAUAUCUUCUGGACCUGGGAUACCGCCGACCUCAUCGGGCGGAAGUUCACCGAUAUCGUCGAUGAGAGUAAACUGGGCGGCGUCAUGGCGUGGAGUCUCGGUGAGGAUACCUUGGCUUGGGAGCAUUUGGGGGCCAUGCAGGAGGGGGUUAAGGGGCGGUCCUAG